CUCAGCCCCCUGGCCCGCCCAACGCCUGUAGUAACCCUGACCUCAGGAGGAGCGACCCUGGCUGGGAGCGCUCGGACAGCGUCCUCCCCGCCUCUCACGGGCACCUGCCCCAGGCUGGCUCACUGGAGCGGAACCGGGUGGGAGCCUCCAAACUGGACAGCUGCCCCGUGCUCUCCCCUGGGAACAAAGCCAAGCCCGACGACCACCGCUCGCGGCCAGGCCGGCCCGCAGAUUUUGUGUUGCUGAAAGAGCGGACCCUGGACGAGGCCCCCCGGCCUCCCAAGAAGGCCAUGGACUACUCGUCAUCCAGCGAGGAGGUGGAGAGCAGCGAGGACGACGAGGAGGAGAGCAACGGGGAACCGUCAGAGGGGAGCAGAGAUACCCCUGGGGGCCGCGAUGGAGACACAGACAGCGUCAGCACCAUGGUGGUCCAUGACGUGGAGGAGAUAGCCGGCACCCAGACCCCCUAUGGGGGUGGCACCAUGGUGGUCCAGCGCACCCCCGAAGAGGAGCGAAGCCUGCUGCAUGCUGAUAGCAACGGUUACACGAACCUGCCAGAUGUGGUCCAGCCCAGCCACUCGCCCACCGAGAGCAGCAAAGGUCAAAGCCCCCCCUUGAAGGAUGGAGGCAGUGACUACCAGUCUCGUGGGCUGGUAAAGGCCCCUGGCAAGAGCUCGUUCACGAUGUUUGUGGACCUGGGGAUCUACCAGCCUGGAGGCAGUGGGGACACCAUCCCCAUCACAGCCCUGGUGGGUGGAGAGGGCGGUCGGCUCGAUCAGCUGCAGUAUGACGUGAGGAAAGGCUCUGUGGUCAACGUGAACCCCACCAACACCCGGGCCCACAGCGAAACCCCCGAGAUUCGGAAGUACAAGAAGCGGUUCAAUUCCGAGAUCCUCUGUGCGGCCCUUUGGGGGGUCAACCUGCUGGUGGGCACGGAGAACGGGCUGAUGUUGCUGGACCGAAGUGGGCAGGGCAAGGUGUAUGGACUCAUCGGGCGGCGACGCUUCCAGCAAAUGGAUGUGCUGGAGGGACUCAACUUGCUCAUCACCAUCUCAGGGAAAAGAAACAAAUUGCGGGUAUAUUAUUUGUCCUGGCUGCGGAACAAGAUCCUGCACAAUGACCCAGAAGUGGAGAAGAAGCAGGGCUGGACCACUGUGGGGGACAUGGAGGGCUGCGGGCACUACCGUGUUGUGAAAUAUGAACGCAUCAAAUUCCUGGUCAUUGCCCUGAAGAACUCUGUGGAGGUGUAUGCUUGGGCCCCCAAACCUUACCACAAAUUCAUGGCUUUCAAGUCCUUUGCUGACCUCCCACACCGCCCUCUGCUGGUGGACCUGACGGUAGAGGAGGGACAGAGGCUCAAGGUCAUCUAUGGCUCCAGCGCUGGCUUCCAUGCUGUGGAUGUCGACUCGGGGAACAGCUAUGACAUCUACAUCCCUGUGCACAUCCAGAGCCAGAUCACGCCCCACGCCAUCAUCUUCCUCCCCAACACGGAUGGCAUGGAGAUGCUGCUGUGCUACGAGGAUGAGGGCGUCUAUGUCAACACGUAUGGGCGGAUCAUUAAGGACGUGGUGCUGCAGUGGGGAGAGAUGCCCACCUCUGUGGCCUAUAUCUGCUCCAACCAGAUCAUGGGCUGGGGUGAGAAAGCCAUUGAGAUCCGCUCCGUGGAGACGGGCCACCUAGACGGGGUCUUCAUGCACAAACGAGCCCAGAGGCUCAAGUUCCUGUGUGAGCGGAACGACAAGGUGUUUUUUGCCUCAGUCCGCUCUGGGGGCAGCAGCCAAGUUUACUUCAUGACCCUGAACCGUAACUGCAUCAUGAACUGGUGACGGGGCCCUGGACGGGGCUGUCCGACGUGGACCAGCUCUCCCCCCCACCCCCACACUUCCCAGGCCGCCCUUCUUUUCCCUCCCUGGGCUUUGCUUUUACUGGUUUGAUUCACUGGAGCCUGCUGGGAACGUGACCUCUGACCCCUGAUGCUUUUGUGAUCACGUGACCAUCCUCUUCCCCAACAUGUUCUCUCCCCAAAACUGUGCCUGUCCCAACUUCUGGGGAGAGGCACAGCUUCCCCUUACCAGGAAUUGAGUGGGCCUGGCCCCACCCCCCCUUCUCCACUUAAGAGGAGAAUGCUUGGGGCUUGGACCCCAUACCCCACUGCUGCUGACUCGGCAGGGCCCUGGGCCCCUUUAUUUGCACGUCAGGGGAGCCGGCUCCCCCCUUGAAUGUACCAGACCCUGGGGGGGGUCACUGGGCCCUAGGUGUUAGGGGGGGUCUCCAGCCACUCCAGGGGCAGGGACCAUUUCCUCAUUUUCUGAAAGCACUUUAAUGAUUCCCCUCCCCCCAAACCCCAGGGAAUGGAGGGGGGACCCCCGCCAGCCAAAACAUUUACCCCUUUCCAACCCCUGUCUCUUCUCGCCUCUGCCCUUCCCUGGUGGAGGGAGGGAGCAGGGAGCUCUCACCCUCCACAGCCCCUUGCUUGCAUCUGUAUAUAGUGUGAGCAGCAAGUAGCCCUGGCCCCUCCCUGCCCCCACCACUCCGUAAUGUAGUGGCCUUGGAGAUCUCCGUUUGUUAAUAAAGACAAUUCAACCAGC